AUGGAAUUGAUGGAGACAUCGGGGAUGCUUUCAAAUUGCUGUGUAGGCACAUUUUUCAUUCUCACAACAAAUUGGGAAGAGAUGAGAUUGGGAACAAUUUCAGAUACGGCAUGGGGAGAUUACAUGACAGGACAGAAACCUUUCCUAAUCAUUCCAGUCUAUGGUUUGCUUUUGGUGUUGGUUAAGAUCAUGUUUGGAGUCAAUGUAGAGCUGGUCAGCUGGGGUAAUAAGUUGGCAACUAGCAUGUUGGUCACUUCCAUAUCCCUAAUGGGAUUAGUGGUUGACGGCCCAAAGGGUGCAGGAGUUGUCACACUCAAGAAGGAAGUGGAUAGCAUUUUAAUGCAUACAAGCUUAUCCAUAUAUUUUGGCUAUAUAACACCAGAGAUUGAAAGAAUAUUAUGCAUAAAAUGA